ACAGCAUCAAAUCAAACCGGACGGCAGAGAAACAGCUGAUCCUCCAAUUCGAGAAGAAGUCUUGUGAAAAGCGCUGACACAAACCGGAUAUCCGAAACAAAGCUGAAGAAGAAGUUUGCUGGACCAGCUGUCCUCUUUGUCCCGUCCCAUUUUAACUCGUCCACGGCACAAAUCCGCUGUUUCUUAUCUGAUCUUUUGCACUUCGUGGAGAAAGUCUUCGUUUUGAAUGUAAUAAAUGGCUGCUGUUCGGUUUGGUUUGCUGUGCAGAUGAUUAGAAACGUCAAAGAGAAAGCACUCGAACCGGGUUGGAUUGCGUUCAGAGACGCGGGUUCAGAGGUGUUAAAUGAGGCCAGUGGUGUAACGUGUCAGCAGGCGCCCACAGGAGAAAGUGGACCUCUGAAGGAGAGAAUGAGAAGAGGAGGAGCCAGCAGAUGUCUGAGAACAGGAUCCUGAGGUGAGCUCGGCAGAUCUGUUCCUGAGCCGAGCUGCGUGCUGCUGCUCUCUGCUUCCCGCGCCUCCAAACUGUGGACUAAACCUGCUCACACGUCAUUCCUGUGCGGACACAUCUGAGCCAUGCUGGAGAUGAGUGACCAAGACAGCAGCACCUCAGCAUCUCAGACGGAGGGGGAGAUGGACGAAGGGCUGGACGAAGGGCUGGAAGCAGAGGUGGACGAUGAAGGAGAAGGAGACAAAAUGGACAAGAGGGAUCCGGCUCCCAGUCUGUCCAGCUUCUCCUCGUCUCUGCACGCCGUCAUACGCAUCAAACAGAAGUACCAGGCCAUUAAGAAGCGGCGUCAGGAGCUGGCCCUGGCACUGGGGGGAGCAGGGACCCUCACAGGGGCCCCAGCACGAACCAGCCCCAAAAUCUUCACCUUUGACAGACUCACCCCAACCUCGUUCCCCGCCCUGUCUUCCCCCGCCCCUCAGAGGAAGAAGAGGAAAAAGAGGAAGCGGGUGUUGUUUCCCAGCAGAGUGGGGCGCAGGGCCCCACCGAAGCAGGACCACAGCCGCGCCAAGUACUGCCUUUACCUGCUCCUUGCCAUCGUCUUUGUCCAGGUGUACAACGCCAUAGAGAACCUGGAUGACCACGUUCUCAGGUAUGACCUGGAGGGGUUGGAGAAGACACUGAGGAGAGAGGUGUUUGGGCAGCAGGCAACAGUGGAGGGUCUGCUGUCCCACCUGAAGGACUACCUGUCCACCUACGUCCACAACAAGCCCCUGGUGGUGUCCCUGCACGGCCCCACCGGCGUGGGCAAGAGCCACCUGGGACGCCUCCUGGCUGGACACUUCCGCUCCGUAGUGGGGGAGACACUGGUGUUGCAGUAUUACGUCCUCCACCGCUGCCCCCAGGAGGCCGAUACUCUGCAUUGCGCCCGCGACCUGUCCACUCUCAUCUCAGACAUGGUCGAACGAGCCGAGGAGGAGGAGAAGAUCCCGCUCUUCAUCUUCGACGAGGUCGAGCACAUGCACAAAGAGAUCCUGGACGUGCUGUGGCAACUUGUGGCGUCCAAACAGUCCAAUGAGUACCUGAAUGCUAUCUACCUGUUCCUGAGCAAUCUGGGUCAUGCACACAUCACCAAACAUAUGCUGCACAACUCCUCUAUGGCAGUGUCAGCAUCUGGUCGUCAUAGUAACCUUGUAAAAGAGCUGACUCCCAUAUUACGCAGCACUCUGGAGAAGCUUCAUCGACUGUGGACGGAGGUGGACAUCUUACCUCUGGGCCUUUUGCAGAAAGGUCACGUGAUGGAUUGCUUCCUGGAUGAAAUGUCUCGAGAGGGGUUCUACCCGGAUCUUACCAACAUAGAGCGCCUCGCGGGGGAGAUUGAAUAUUACCCCAAGGUGGGGGGACAUGAAUAUUCCCAGACAGGCUGCAAGCAAGUGGUGGCUAAGGUCAAUCUGCUGUGAAAUCCUCUGCAGGAAUUGUUUGGAUGUUUCACAUUCUUUAAACCAUGAAGUAACAGUGCAUGAGAAGUGGACAAAUGUUUAUGGUUAUGAAACUUGAAAGAUACAACUCGGAGCCAAAGCUUUCUAGAGACAUUUUGAAAGAGUGAAAUAAGAAGAAGGAAGCUGAAGAUGUUCAGCUAUGUUUUGGGAAAUGGCGCAAAUCCUGUGAAGAGGUCUGGGAGAAAUAAAACGGUGUGCAAACAGUCCUUAAUGGAUCAGUUAAGUUUAUGAAAACCUGUGUUGGUAGUGGUUAUCUAGCCGUGCAAAUAGUUUAGGUUUUAUUUGAUCAGAUUUUGAGAUAUCUGCUGCUGCAAACAGUUUUAGCUCAGUUGAAAAGUGUUGACAGUAAAGGGCACACCGUUGCUGAUUGUUAGUCAUGCUCGUUGCUUCUGUGAGGUCGAUCGGAUCUCGCUUUGUGUAGUACUUUGUUUUAUGACUAAAUAUAAGCAAAAGUAAUACUGUACUUUGUGUUUUAAGCUACUUAGCAAAUGUUAGCAUGCUAACACACCAAAUUAUGUUGAACAUGGCCAAAAUGCUAAACAACAGCAUGUUAUUUUGAGCAUGUUUGUAGGACAACAAGAAGCAGAACCCUUUAGCCCAUUUAAUCCACUUUUACUUUGUGACUAUUUUAUCAGGCAGCUCAGUCAGACAUGACAGGAGUAAACUAAUACUGAUUCAUUUAUAAGGGGAAGCUAGGAUAUUUAUAAUGCAUCUGUUACUAACACACUUUUAUUAAUGCUAGUGUCAGUUACACCUAAUCUUUAAUGUUUAAUCUUACAGACUUGUUGAUUUUAACCAAAUUGCAGAAACUGUAAGAAUGUUUAGGUAAUUGAUUCUGCCUUGAGCGAGCAAAUGCUAAGUUGCUAUCAGCUGGUAGUAGCGGCAGCGGCAUAUCCUGAACUUGAAAGUCAGCACUGACUUGCACUAGCUUGAAGGUUUAAUUUUUAUUGACCUGAUGAGAUUUUAUGAAUCAUAAAUAUAAUGUACUGUAUUUAGUGUAUAAUUCUAACAUAAACUAUAAUGUGUAGUGAGUACCUUGAAAUUAAAGACACCAUUUAAACUCG